AUGAGCAUCCAGGCACUCGCUACAGCUGCUGAGCUUCCCUUGCAUUAUUCAUUAGCAAAUAAAAAUGGGUUACGUUUUCUAUGGCAGCGAAGGAAACAUGGUCACAUUUGUUACUACAGGAAGCCCAUCUUUUGCAAUCUCAAGUCUAACAUCACUGCUACUGCCACUAAUAGCAGUGGUAGUACUGACACUACCAGUUCCACUUCCUCUUCUCGUGGUGGCAAAGUGUUGGAGAUUAAAGAGAUAAAGGAAAGGUGCAAAAGGUGGUUGUGGAAGGACCAGUACUCCAUCAAUUACUUUGUUUCUUGUAAUUCUGAUUCACAGUCAAGCCCUGGCCCUCCUCUUCUUCUUGUUCAUGGCUUUGGUGCCUCCAUUCCUCACUGGCGAAGGAAUAUUGAUACGUUGGCCCAAAAUUAUACAGUCUAUGCUAUCGACCUUCUUGGAUUUGGUGCUUCGGAUAAGCCAGAAGGUUUCACAUACACCAUGGAAGCAUGGGCUCAGUUAAUUUUAGAUUUCUUGGAUGAAGUUAUUCAGAACCCAACUGUGCUGGUAGGGAACUCUGUUGGAAGUCUAGCUUGUGUAAUUGCAGCUGCCUCAGAAUCUAGUCAAACUCUGGUUCGAGGGCUUGUACUCUUGAAUUGUUCUGGUGGCAUGAACAACAAGGCGAUUGUUGAUGAUUGGAGAAUCAAGCUAUUGUUGCCUUUGCUUUGGUUAAUUGAUUUUCUGCUGAAGCAAAGGGCAAUUGCUUCAUCGAUCUUUGAGCGUGUCAAAGAGAGAGAUAACCUGAGGAACAUUUUAUUGUCUGUUUAUGGAAAUAAGGAAUCUGUAGAUGAAGAACUAGUAGAGAUUAUUAGAAGACCGGCAUGUGAUGAAGGGGCACUUGAUGCUUUUGUUUCAAUUGUGACAGGGCCGCCAGGGCCAAACCCAGUGACACUAAUGCCAAGAAUUUCUAUACCUGUUCUAGUUCUUUGGGGCGAUCAAGAUCCGUUCACGCCUAUCGAUGGGCCUGUUGGUAAAUAUUUCUUUUCCCUGCCUUCUCAGCUAUCAAAUGUAAGACUUCGUUUGCUGGAAGGGGUUGGACACUGUCCCCAUGAUGACAAACCAGACUUGGUCCAUGACAAUUUGCUUCCUUGGUUGGCUCAUCUGUCUGCUUCAUGA